CCAACACGCAGUUAACUAACUAAAUUAAGCUACCUAGCUAACGUGAUUAUCUAUAUUAUUAGCCACCACCGAGAUGCAAAAUCUAAUUACAAAUAAAGAUAGGAAGAAUUGCAGAAUAGACCACUCCCACGUACCAGAGGUCUAGACCCUAACAGAUGCCUUUAUCCACAAAGAAAUCAACAAUCUUCUCAAACUUUUGUAGUUGUUCAGCCCUUUCCAGAUUGUCAUUAGCCACUGCUAGUUUUUUUUUAAUCUUGUAGAGCCUUGUUGUCCUGUUCAAUCAAGUUGAUGAGCGAAUGACUAUCUAGAAAGAAGAACCAAAUCAUAUAAAAAUACUAAUCGUGGGUCAUUAGGUUGAAUCACAUUUUACUAAACAGAAGGUAUUAGAGUUUCAAACGAGAGUAAAUGGAAGAAAACUAGCUUUGCUUCAAACGAAUAAAUAAAAGGUCUCAAAAUUGAUAAAACUAAUCGGCAAACUUUUUGUUAUCCUCGCCAACAAACUUGCUAGUACUGUAUGGUAGAAUAAUCACAAGGUCUAAAUAUACAGCUUCAUCUUUCUUUAUCCUGACGAAAUAGAAACAACAAAGCAUGCAAAAACCAAACAUCAAAUAAAGAAAGUAACGCAGGGGCAUGUACUUAUAAGGAAAUGGAAUUGUAUCUAUGCAUAUUUUCAACCCAAGUUGAAGAUUAAUCAUCUACUGAUCAUCCAUCUUUUUCAAGAAUCAUCUACCACUUGAAAUAGACAACACAAAUUCGCAAACACAUCAAGAAUUCAAAUCAAGACAAUCAGGUUUGAUAAUUCAUUUGCAAAUUAAACAGCCAGUUUGGAUCAAUCAAACCAAAAAUCAAGCCUGGGAAAACUGAAUACAUAAAGGGUUUUACAUCAAAUCCAUAGUUCAGUGCCAAAAGGAAAAGAUGCGAGUACCUAGCUUCUUGCCGGAGGUAGUUGAUUUGCGAAGAGACUUGAUGAGGGAGGGGAUUCGCGGCGGAGGUAUUCAAUUUGGGAGAGGACAGUGUGGUAGUCGAACUUCCAUCCAAACAUCGGCGUCACUACGGGAGCGACACCAACUUUGCUCAGCGAGCGGAGACGCCGACAGGAAAACCUUGAAAGAGGUUGUGGCAGCAGCAGCUUCCAGCAACUCCGUCCACCCAGCCACGAUGUGAAUGAUGGGGAUGGGGAUGGCGGCCACGGCGAGGAGUCUGGAUCUAAGAGUUGGGGCCAGGGGGUUUUCAGGGAGUUGGGGGCUAGGGUUCGGGUUGGGAGAGCUAGGGAUUCAUACGCAGAUUGAAGGCAAUUGAUGGUAAUAAGAGGCUUUAAAUAAAGAGAGAAACAAUGUAAUAUAAUGAUUUCAGCCAAAACGACAUAGUUCUAGGUAAUAAGCCGGUUAACAAAUUUUUGGGAAAAUAGAAACGUUGUCGUUUUUAUCUUAAAUCUGCGACGGAGCUCUUCGUCGCUAAUCCAGCACGGUUUUGGCGCGCAACAGAUCGUCGCAAAAGCAGUCAUGAUCUUUCGGGACGAAUGUUUCGUCGCACAAUAUCGACACAUCUUCCGCGACGGAAUGAUUUCGUCGCCAAAUAUAAAUAAUUCUUCUGCGACGGAAAUUUACCGUCGCUUUAAAGUAUAUAGUCGUCGCGAAUUCAUUAACCCACAACACGAUGGAUUUUGAGACAUUCUGCGACAAAAUUCUGAAAUUCGUCGCCAUAAGUCAAGUUUUUGCGACGAAAUAACCUCCGUCGCAAAAUAUUUCGUCGCUAAAAGCCAGCUUUUUUGUAGUGCAAACUCUUCGAAGCACAGUGAGUAGGAAUCACGCAUGGGACAAUGUGUUUGGAACCCCUAAGAUUUUAAUUUUUUGAGCAUGCAAUCUAGGCUCCAAAACACACAAAAUGAAGACCAUGAUUCAAUCAUUCAUUCACAAGCACUUGGAGCCCACAAAUUGUAGGAAUUUGGCAAAGCAAAGGUUGCAAUGCACACAAAAGCUAGGUCAUUCAUCACAUUCGCAUUCACUCGCCAUUCACAUACAUAUUCAACACCCCCACACUUAAUCACUACAUUGUCCCAAAUGAAGCAAGAAUAAGGGUGGAAUGAAGUUACUGCAUCAUUGGCGAGUGAAAAUUGGAAUGGAGGUGGACCAGUUUCGAGGGACAUGGAGAGCUUCACACAAAACAAACAUACAAACACAUGCUCGCCAAGUACAACGAUGAGGUUAUUGCACAAACAAAAUAUCCAAACAUCACAAGAAAAGAAAUACAAACCAGCGAUGGUUUCCUCCCAACAAGCGCUGCUUAUAUGUCAUAAGCUAGUUGCUUGCUCCUGAAGUUUCGGUCCAUCCUAGCACCUCCAUGAAGCUAAGGUUCUCGUUGGUGAUGCGGAGUCGCAAGUCCCGAGCAUGAGAUUCUUAAAAUGAUGUAAAUGGCUCAUGGACUUGGUGUGAAUUGAGGCAUUCACUCGCCAUUCACAUACAUAUUUAACACCCCCACCCUCACACUUAAACACUACAUUGUCCCAAAUGAAGUAAGAAUAAGGGUGAAAUGAAGUUACUGAAUUCAGGUGUAUGUGAAAUGUCACAAUGUUUGAGUUUUAAAAAUUUUUAAAAAUAAUGAAAUUUAUUGUGCAUAAAUCUAUGUGCAUUGUAUACUUGCUUUAUCAAUUAUUAAGAUAUACAAUCGAAAAUUUUGUUCCAUAACUAACACCAAAAAUAAGAAUUUUUUUGCAAAUGCACAUUAAAAAAUUUGGAAAAUUAUACACUAAAGGACCAUGUUAAGACGAGAACCCUUAAUAGUGUGUGAGAAUGUCUUGGUUUGAGAUUCUAAGCCAACAUAUAGACAACAACCAAGGGGUGAGGGUUAGUCCAAACUUCGAGAAUUAGCAAUUUAUACAUGUUGGGUAAAUAAAUAUUAAUAGCCAAACCUUUCAACAUUUUCAAACUAUUAGCCAAACCUUUCGAAAUACAAAUUAUUAGCCAAUUUUUUUGUAUCACAUCAAAAUAUUAACCAUUUUUCUGUUAUUGUUAAUAAUUUUGCGACUCUUUUCUUAAUUAAAAUGCUAAAUUGGA